ACAAGUAUAUAAUGAUGAGAGAUAUCAUAUAUCACAUUAAUGUGUAUGAAUGUAAAAAAUAUUAAAGAAGGGAAGGGAUCUUUUUUUUUUCAUCAAUAGAGCUUCAAGUCACGGCCCUGAGUUAUAUUUACAUGUGCAUGAAUUCGGUUCAUAACAUGUCUAAACUUGAAAACAUGUAGGUACAGUAGAUAUAUAGGCUGAGAAACAUACACUAUGUAUACAUGCUUGUGUAAUGUGAUGAUUGAUAAGUGGACGCGUAUUGUGUUUGUACACACACUUAUGUAUUCUGUUGUUUUUCGGCUCGAUUGUGCAUUAACCUCGUUAGUUGAUACUUAUUACUGUAUACGGUUAAUUCGUUAUUUUAAAACUUUUCACGAAUUUAAGCGGUAUUUAAUCGUAUGGAGCUGUGAUACAGUUAUUUAACUUGAAAAUUUAGUGCACCGAAACCGUGUUCCAUCGGGUGUGAAAUGUGUUAGCAUUAUGUGAAGAGAGCUGCAAUUUAAUUUUUCAUUUGUUUUGUAAAAAGUUACCACAAUUUGCUCAAAAACAAUAUGGCACGAGGCAGAAAAAAGAAGUUGCAGCCUAACAAUCCGGAUUCUUUCGUGGAGUCCUUCGCGGAUUCAAAAUAUCCAUUGAGAAACAGGCGUAGCUCAAUGAGAGUCAAUUUAAGUUAUACAACGAACUUGACAGAUCCCAAUAUUGAAUUAUCAAAGUUAACAGCUGCAGGACAAAGUGAAGCAGUGAAAAGAAAAUCAGUGUCACCUGAUAAAGACCCUUCUGAGUUAAAUAAAAAGCCAAGAAAAAAAUUGCGAAUUUUACAAUCAAAUGAAGAGUCAGAUGCACCUGCAAACUUUGCUGAUAUAACUGUCAUAAAUGCCAGAGAACGUCUCUUGGCAAGGUACAAUAAAACUGCUCAAGAUCCUGAAUGUGUAACUUUAAUUGAUAUGAAUGAGAAAGAGCAACAACUUAACAAAACCUGCAUGGAAUUGAAAAGUGCUAUUAUUUAUAAAACCCAGGCUUAUUUUGAUAAAAAAACUGAACUAGCCAUUAAAACAUCAGAAGUACUAUCAUCUGGAGAAGGAUCACCUAAAAAAAAGGUAAAAGAAGAUCUUGAUAAAAGAUCACCCAGUGUUAGAGUUGAUUUUGGAAAAAAUGAUCAAAUUAUUAUGUCAGGUGAUGGCAAGAAGAAGAAUCCAGUCCAAGUGAGCAGCAUGAGGAAGCAAUUUGCAGAAGCCCAACAGUUGGACAAUCAAGCUUCAACAACUUCUGACGAGGAUACUGUUUAUAGUCAGAGUAUUGCUAGUACUCCUAAGAAAUCUAGGUUAGAUAACAUUCAAGACAGUAGUGAGUCAAAAAAUGAUGAAUCUAUGAAUAUUCCAGUUGUUAGAUUAUUUGCCAAUAUUUCAUGUCAUUCUGAUCAGGAUGAAAAUGAUUGUAUAGAACCAACUACAAAAUCAAAAAAAAUAAUUUCUGAUAUACUAUCAGAUGACAGUGAUUCAUCUUGCUCUGAUAAAGAAGAAAAUGAGAAUAUCAUCAGUGAAAAUUAUAUUAGAAAAGAUCAAUUAAAUGAUAAGCUAAACGAAAUUAUGCAUAAUUCAAAAUCUGACUCUAAAAUUUUGGUGAAUUCUACCUUUUCUACUAGUCCUAUAUUAAGUCAGGGAAUCAAAAAGCCUUGUCUAUCUUUAAAACAAAAGAUGAAUAAAAGUUUGUUAAUCAACAAAUUGAGGCCUAGUAUUGCUGCAGAAAGUUUCAUUAAAGGUCUUCCUACAACAUGUUCAACAUUCAUAGACAAACAAGAAAAAGUUCUUGAAACAAAAGAAUCAAAUGAAAAAAAUGAGACAAUUUAUGUGUCAGAUAAAAGUGCUUCAAAUAGUAAUUGUAAAACAAUUAUUUUAGAUGAUAAUCAAAACAGUCAAAAAACUAUUGAUAUUGGAAGCAUGGAAAAUCGUUCAUCAAAUAUGGAUAUUACUUCAGUAGUAUCAAAAAUGCCUAUUAUUCGUAGGUCAUUUCAAGAUACUAUAAGACAAUCUUUGAAACUUGAUAAAAUUCCUUCUUCAAUUGAUGCAAGUCAGAAUAAUGAUAACUUGAGACAAAAAACUUAUACAAAUAACAAUAAAGUUAAUCAUCCAGAUGACUGCAGUUCAAAUACAACGUGUGCUUCACUGAAUGUUAAUACAUCGCUUGAUCCAAUUAACAUGACCAAAGAUGUUAUUCAGAAAGAAAAUAAAAAACCGAAUGAUAGGCAUGUAAAAAAUAAUUACAAAAACAAGCCCCGUAUUGAACCAUCAUGCAAUUUGGUUAACAUGCAACAAUCAUCAGCUCUACAAGUUAAUGCUAUUGAAUCAAAACAAAUUACACCCAAUAAUAGUUGCAUUGAAGAAGAACAAACCAAAGUUGAAAAUAUUUUACCUCUUAAUUUAAAAACAAAAUAUCAAAAAAAAUUGGUCAAGCCAAAUGAUUUAUCUAAUGAAUUGACAACAUUUAAUUCUAAUGAAAAUGAACAAAAAUCAAACUUACCUGUACGAGCAUCUAUGCAAGUAAAUACUUCUUUAGAUUCUAUUUGUAAAUCUUCAACUCGUCCAAAAGAAUUAAACUUUGAUAAAAUUGUAUCCAGCAUAAAAAAAACCAGAAAAUCUGAUGUUAAAGAGAGUAUAAAAAACAAUAAGCAUGUAUCAAAAAAAUUAGUAUGUUGUUCUAGUUCAUCACAAUCUUCAAAUGAUGAAAGUAAUACUAGUAAAAAACAAAGGAGUAGUAAAAGGAAACUUCUUUCAAAACUUUCAAAAUCAAAUUCAAAUCUUUCACAAUCUUCAAAUGAAGGAAAUAAAACUGAUGAAAAAAAAAAUCCAAAAAACAGUAAGAACUUGUCAAAGCAAUUGAUACGUUGUUCAAGUUCAUCACAAUUUUCAGACGUUGAAAGUUAUCAUAGUAAAAAACUAAAUGAUAAAAAAAUAAAGCUCUCUGCAAAAAUUUCGAAAUCAUGCUCAAAUCUGUUGCAAUCUUCAGAUGAGGAAAAUAAAUGUUUAGAUGAAAAAAAUGACUCUAAUUCGAAAACAUUGGAAUCACAAAAAAUGUUAUCAAGUACUAGUAAUAAACUAGAACAUCAAAUUAAUACAAGAAAAUCAUUGAGAAAAGGUUCAUUUUCUAAAAAAGUACAAAACAAUGAAAGCAAUUCAGUAGAAGAUGAAGAUAAAUUGAUCAAAGAAAAAAAUUCUAUUUCUACAAAUAUUAUCAACAAAAAAAACCUUAGAAAAUCUUUAAAAGCUGAAAGUGCUAAUUCAAGUGUUGUUGAAACAACACCAUUUCCAGCUAGUCGUUCUUUUCUGUUCAAAACUAUGAUAAAAAAUAACUUAGCAAUGACAAAAAGAUUCAUAGAAUCUUCUGAGGAUGCAGCUACAACAGAAAUUGAUUCAGAAAAUGAGCAUUUGCAAACUAUGCCUUUAAAGAAAAAAAGAAGAAGUAUUUAUGCAAGGGAUAAAACACCAAGCCCAAAAUUAUUAGAUACAGUUCUUGUAAAUUCAUCUGACGAGUCAUCCUCCGAAUCAUCCCCAAAUAAACCAAAUAUUCUUAUUGAUGAAACUACAGAGGAAGCAAGUAUUAAAAAUAAAUCUACAGCAUCAAAAAACAUUAUUGUUCAAUCAAAGAAGAAAGUAGCUAAGCGUAAGUUGUUGAAAGAAAAUUCUGAUUUAGUUUCAUUUAGUCCUGCAGAAGAAGAUUUAGAAGAUAGAAAAGUAACACCAAAACCACCUACAAGAAGAAGAAACAAUUCAAGAAAGAAAAUGAUUGAAAAAAAAAUUAAAUUGAUAGACAAUAAGAAAGUAGAAGAUAAAAAGGAAACAAAAAAAAUUAAAAAUACAAAAACUAAUCAAAUAGAAAACCAAAACUACACAAGUGUAGAAAGAGAUGAGGUCAAUGAUGUAGAAAAUAAUCAAUACAAUGAACCAAUGAAAUCUAAUAAAAAGUAUAAGAAAAUUAAAAGCAAAAAAUUUAUUGUUAAGAAGGGUAAUAUUAAGAACCCUUUAGAAGAUUUACUGGAAGAACCUCAAUCUUCGACAUCAAAUGAAAGAAGUUCUUUACGGGAAUUUGAUUUGAAAAACCUGAAAAGGCAAAAUGUAGAGGAUACACAGAGACCUAAAAACCAUAAAAUUAUUAUAGUAAUGACAGGAUUGCCAAAAGAAGACAAAGAUUUGAUCAAAUCAGUAGUCAAAGCUUUAGGAUUAGCAGUUUUAGAAUUGAAUGUUACUUCUCGCACAACCCAUGUAAUAAGUUCUGGAGAUCGUACAAUUAAUUUGCUUAAAGGUAUUUUAAGGGGAUGUUGGCUUUUAAGUUUGGAGUGGGCUCUAAAAUCACUCGAAAUGGGUAAAUGGUUGGACCCAGCACCAUAUGAAAUGUGCCAUUUUUCUAAGGCAGUAAAGGAAAACAGACGCGAUCGACAACUGUUUGGAAAAGCAUAUGUACCGGAAUUAUUUGUGACUUGUGGUUUUAUUUAUGUAGAAAAUGGCACAUCACCUCCUACAUCAGUUCUUAAAGAAUUGAUUAAAACUGCUGGAGGUAGAAUAACAGAAGAUCCGCUUAAUGCUAAUAUUACAAUAGGACAAGAAGGUUUAAGAGAAAUCUGGGUUUUAGAUUCAAUUACGACAGGUGAUGUUCAACCCCAAGAGCAGUAUAAAAGAGUUAAAAGUAAUUAAUUAUUUUUAAAGGGGAAUUUUACAUAAAAUUUCAAAUAGUUAUGUAUAAAAGAGUAAAAGUACAAAAUGUGAAUUACUGGAAGUACAAUUAAUUCAUUAAAUUUAAUAUAUUAUUUGAGUAACAAAUUCAAAAUUUCUCGUGUAUUAAUGUUUAUUAAUAAUAUUUUUUUUUUCAUUAAAAAAAACAUCAUGUGAUUUCCGAAAUGCGACGCUAUAGUUAUGAUUUAAUUUCAAAGUAAUUGAAAAAUCGAUCAAUCAUUAAUAUUUUGGUGAUGUUACAAUUAAUUAAAGCUGUAAUCAUUGAGUAGUUCCAACUAUUAAAAAUUAGGUAUUAUUUUUCCAAGUGUUUGUAUUAUACAUUGUAAAUAAAAUUAAUAGUUAAUAUUGUAACAAAAUUUUUGUAAGAGUAACUGUUAAUUUCUGUAUAGUUUACUCUGUGUGAUAAACUGUAAAAACUCGAUAUUAAAACUCUUAAGAGGAGUAUACAAAAAAAAAAACGCACCAUUGUGUUAGAAAUAAAUCAUUUAUAAUUCAAAUGUCAAUAAUGUGAUACUUGUAAUGUUUGGUACAUUCGUUUAUCAAUAAAAAGUUAUGAUCUAUUAUUGGAAAAAUGUAAUCAAAAUCAUUCUAAAAAUGCCAGACUUAUUUUUAGCACCGUUUUAUUGUAUGCAAAAAAAUAAUAAGAUCCUAAUGUUAAGUUGGAAAAACAAUGAAUUAUCAAUUAGAUUAAUGAGUUUUGCCAUGAUCCUCGUUUAUAAUUUUUUUUACCUUAUUUCUGUAAUUUUUUUUUUGUAAAUUUCACCACAUAAAUACGCUUAAAAAUGCAUGAUGAAAAUAUCUCGAACCUAAGGAAAAUUCUUUAGACCCUAACUCUUGACUUAAAUGAAAUACGAGGUGUGCUAUAUAAUU